AUGGCAUCAGCUUCAAGCAUCCAACUUCCCCCAGGGGUCUCCCCAAACCAUCUAUUCGGCCCUCUCAAAGAACUCAUUGACGAACUCCGUACCUUCACCCAUGACACCACCGAGAACGGUCAAUCCGACGACCUAGGCGUUCGCACCAUCACAGCCGGGAGUAACUCUGACGCCUUAGUCCCCCUCUUCUUCCGCUGCACCUGGCCCGCGGGAGCCAGAUCCCGCCACAAACUCAUCUGGAUGAAACCCUCCGUGCCCAACGCAGCCCUCGGAGCCGCCGUCAAUGACGCCUUUCGGGUCAUCGAAGCCGGCGGCGUCGUCGAGAAGACGGUCGCUAUCUGGGGGGUCAACAAUCCCUUCGCCGAUUCUGCGGCACGCGGGAUCACCGUCCGCGAGAGGGUGAGACGUGCGGUGGGCCUGGACGAUCCUCCCACGCAGCAGCAGAUCAUCAAGAUGAUGGAGGGGACGAUGAACGGGAUCAUGCAGGUGGUGGUGGAGCCUGAGCGGGAUGCAAGGAAGUGCGUCAGGCUUGGUUGGCAGGAGAUUAACCGUAUCAUUCGCCAGGCGGAGGCGGAGGGAGAGCAGCGCGCGCGGAGUAGUCUGAACAACUCCUCGGGGUAG